AUGCAGCAGCAAUCUGGUACAGGAAACGGGAAUGCACGACGCGCUCUGAGUCCCGGGCCAGGUGGCAGCGAUACGGAGGAUUCCGAUAUCUCGCUCGGUGGAACGUCUCCUGCGUCACCGAGUUCCUCGCCACCGCCAACUCAUCAACCUCCUGUUCCUCUCGGGCCCCUUGGCCCUCUGCCCCCGCCGUCCUUAAAUUUCCGCUUCGAUCCGUCGCAAUCGCAGUUUCGAUUCAACCACGCGACGGCCUUCAAAUUCCCGCCCGCUGGUUUCCGAUUUGGACCGCACAGCCCGCAACACAAUCACCCGAACAUCUCGGGCGGCGGAAUCUUCAGGCUGACGGAAACAAGCCCGUUCCAAGCUGUGGGACCCAGAGGUGAUCUCGGAUCGAGAUUGCCGGAUCCGCUGGGGCUGCCACCGCCGAGAUUGCACCCACACGACGGUUUGCUCCAUCAUUCUCAAAUACAGCAUCAGCUACCGGAAGGAAUGUCGAGGAUAUCGGAAGGCUCGCGUCUCUCCGAUGGUGGAAUCUCGCGCCUGUCAGACAGCCUAUCGGAAGCGCACAGCCCGCCAUUAAUGGCGACGAACCUGUCGGUGACGGGUCCGUUAAGGGUCGCGGUACCGAGUCCUCAUACACCUUCCUCGCGAGGUAGUCCAACGGUCGGGCAACAGACUCCUCAGGGUCAGUCUCAAGGCCAGGGAUUGAUAAGGGUCGCGACAUCACCUCCACCGAAUCCGAAACCACCGCAGAUUCAUCGACCAUUCUCGCCGGCGUGAUACGACAAGGACGACGAAUCGGUGGUAAUCAUCUCGAGAGGAACGGGGAACGAACAGUCAAUCGCUCCGAGGAAAAUCGUGGCAAGCGACGAGCAUCAGUUUUUCGACAAACAUUUCGAAGUUUUAUGAAAGGGGAAACGGACGAGAGAACA